AAGAAGUAACUGUCAUCAUUCUCGGAAUGAAUUAUCUCAUCAAUGUUAGAAACGGUUCAAAUUUGUUAAAUUGUCAAGACAUCUAUCAGGACAGAGCCGUUUGGCGAAGGACCUGAGCGGGCUAUUUUGAAAACAGGAACGCGCGGGCUAAUGGUGUCUGCGCUAGAGUGGCGCGGUGUGUGAAUUCAGGGGGAGUAUCGGCGCAUUUUGAGCAGUGUGUGAGUUCAGGGGGAGUAUCGGCGCAUUUUGAGCAGUGUGUGAGUUCAGGGGGAGUAUCGGCGCAUUUUGAGCAGUGUGUGAGUUCAGGGGGAGUAUCGGCGCAUUUUGAGCAGUGUGUGGGUUAAGGGGGAAUAUUGGUGCAGUUUGAGCAGUGUGACGUCGUAGCAGUGCGGUCCGUUUCUUCGAUUAAAAUCAGGAGGAAUGGUGUCUCGGUUCCACUUGGAAGAUGGAAGUUCCGAAUCCUGCUGCCUUGUACAGGGAUGUGAAGGUCGUCAAGGUACCGGCUGCUCCCAGUAUUGAAGAUUUCACGAUCAUAAAACCCAUCAGUCGCGGGGCUUUCGGUAAAGUUUACCUAGCUCGGAAAAAACACGAUGAGAAGAAGCUUUACGCUGUCAAGGUUGUCAAGAAAGCUGAUCUGGUACAUAAAAACAUGGUGCAGCAAUUGCAAGCAGAGAGAGCUGCACUAGCUCUUAGUAAAAGCCCUUUCAUUGUACAUUUGUACUAUUCGUUGCAGUCUGCCAGUAAUGUUUACCUUGUGAUGGAAUAUCUUAUUGGUGGGGAUGUGAAGUCUCUGCUUCAUAUUUAUGGCUAUUUUGAUGAAGACAUGGCCGUAAAGUACAUCUCCGAGGUUGCUGUUGCUUUGGAUUAUUUGCACAGACAUGGUAUUAUUCAUAGAGAUCUGAAGCCGGACAACAUGUUGAUUUCAAACCAGGGCCACAUCAAAUUAACUGACUUUGGCCUCUCCAGAGUUACUCUGAACAGAGAGAUAAACAUAAUGGAUAUUCUCAACACACCAUCCAUGAUUAAUCCAAAACUGGAUUACUAUCGUACUCCAGGCCAGAUCUUGUCUCUCAUCAGUUCUUUGAGCUUUAACACAGUAGGAGGAAAGACAAAAGAUGCAUCACCAAUAUUGAGUCCCAUGAUGCGAAACAACAUCAGUCUCUCCCUUGGAUCACUUUGUUCUCCUCUACCUCAGAGUGCCAAAGCAUGUGACAAAGAGCUUAAGACAAAAGAUGCUGACAGCUCAUCUUGCAGUCCUUGCAUGCCAGUUAGGUAUUUGACACCAGACUUUAUCCAGUCAAGUAAAAGGUUUGGAUCAUCAACUGCCAGCAGUCAAUCCCACUUGUUACCCUCCAGCACAGAAUCAGGGUGUUUAAAAAGCCCAUUGUGGGAGAAGGAGGGCACAGAAGCUGUACAGCUUGUUGCUGGAGUGAUGAAAACUGGGACAGCUGUUACAGGGAACUCAACUGGAAAGAAUGGAGAUAAUAAAGAAAAUGUGAGGAUUGCUAUUUCUCCAGCUCAGAAUGAAACCAGUCCAGAAAAUGGGUUCAGUGGAAUUUCUGGAUGCAAUCAGAUUCGGGCCACCCCCCUCAACAAUGUACUGGCAAAGGGCCUUGUCAAAAAAUGUCUUUACAAAAAUGUGCGAAGGAAAGAAGAGAAAUUUACUUCAUCUACAGCUGAGGUGACCAAAGGUGUAGUCAAUACACGUCAUAUACCUAGCCCUUCACCUCCUUGGAGGAAUAAAGUAGUGGAAAAUUCUGUAAAUUUCAACCAAGGUCUAUGUCAGACCAUCACAGAAGAGACAGUUGUUUCUGAAAAUCUACAUCUUGCAGCCUGCCUAAGGGACGCUUCACCCACUGUUAGCCAAGAGUAUCAUGGCCAUAGAUUUCAAGAGGAAAGUAGAGAUCAGCAAAAUAAGUCAAAAAGAACCUUUGAUCAGGUGGAUCAGAGUCCAUUUUCAAUCAGCUCUCGUCGGAAGAAAUCUAAUGCUGAGUAUAAACGUGGAUGUGAAAUACCAGAAUUCCAGCCAGUUGCUCACACUGGUUUAACCAGGGAAAUACGGGCACUAGAAUUGGAUUCUACAGCAUCUAACUGCAAAAUUCCUGGUGUAACUAAUGGGGACUUUGGAGAGAACAUCAGUAUACCCGAAAGAAUAUCUGAGGUUACACCUGUCGCUUCUUUAGCGAAGAACCUGUUGAGUGAACUGGAUGAACAAUGUGAAAAGGAGGAUUGUGGAGAUGACUGUAACUGUAGUUUUCAGACUGAUGAGAAUGACAGGAGUCCAAAGAGAAGCUUGAGUAUGUAUUCGUCCUCUUCAACUCAGGAUGUAUCUUGCACAGAAAGUCAUUUUGAGAAAGCAUUAGACACAAGUUUUAAAGACACUUCAUUUGAGGAGCUCGCAGCUAAGGACCAUGUGUCUCCGCAGUCUUGCCUCCUGGAUAAAAUGUUGCCUUUUCCUCAAUGUAUGGCUCCAAAGCAUCGGCUUAUAAAUGCUGAUAGGAGCCAUCAUGUGGGUCAUUCAGCGGACGGUGGCAACAACCUUCAGCCAUCAUUCCUGGUCAAUCCUUUGACUUCAUACCAGAAAAAGCCUAUUGUAGGAUUUCGAAGUUAUUAUAGUCCAAUAUGUGAAUCUGAUUUGUCCAUACAAUCUAGGAUGAGCGUGGAUUCUGUAGAGAAGAUGGAUACAUCCCUUUGUAUAGGGAGCUACCCACGAGCUGCAACACCUUUACCAAGAGCCCAACCAUACAGAGUGACGGGCUCAUUUCAGACUCCACUGCUGGCUGCUGUGCGAACUCCUUAUAGAACUCCGAAAAGUGUACGGAGAGGCCCAGCUCCAACAGAAGGGGAUAGAAUCCUGGGUACACCGGACUACUUGGCCCCUGAAUUGCUCUUAAGAAUGCCACAUGGUCCUGCUGUGGAUUGGUGGGCACUUGGUGUGUGCUUGUUUGAAUUUCUGACGGGCAUUCCCCCUUUCAAUGAUGAAACAUCACAACAGGUCUUUCAGAAUAUCUUGAACAGAGAUAUACCUUGGCCAGAAGGUGAAGAAGAAUUAUCUAAAAAUGCCCACAGUGCAAUUGAAAUUCUACUGACAAUUGAAUGUUUCAAGAGAGCUGGAUUGAAAGAGCUCAAGAAGCAUCCCCUCUUCAAGGAAAUGGAUUGGGACAAUCUGCAGAAUUGCCCUAUGCCCUUUGUACCACAGCCAGAUGAUGAAACAGAUACAACAUAUUUUGAAGCCAGAAAUAAUGCUCAACACCUCGUAGUUUCAGGAUUCAGUUUGUAGCACCUGCAGCAUGCUGAACCUAAAUACCAUAAGAGAUUAAAGGAAAAUAUGCUAAUUUAUAUUUCGUAAUAACAUAAGAUUCAUUAUUGCUGAAUGUGUACAUAUCUGGAGCUGGUGAACAGUAUCUUUUCAUUACUUCUACCCAUAUGCAAUACUGCCGUCUCAAUUUCCAGCUGUAAAUUAUGUUGCAGAAUGGAGGCCUAUCACUACUUUCUUGCAGGAAAAGGGGAGAACACAAUGGAAAUUUGGGAUCUCUAAGUUGCUUCUGUUCUAUCUUGUCCAAGUGGUGAGAAAUCACUUCAACGCUAUCCUCAAUUGCCUGUAAUCAUUGAAUGGUUCCAGAGAAACAGGGUUGAAAACCUGAAUUGAAUUAGCUAGUAGAACAUUUAAAGCACCUUAGGUGCUGUAAUGGAUGAAUUUAAUAACUUGACACACUGCCAAUUUUUGUUUUUAAAGCAUAAUAUCUGGAACACAACAUGUCCCGCAAACACUUGACAGCUAUGGCUAAUCUUUGAAUGGAGCGUUCAACCAACUCCCAUUGUAGCAAUAUUGGAGUUCUGAAAAGGUGCAUUUUGGUCAAGCCAAUCAAGUAGCAGACUGCCUGAAUUAUUUUAACUUGUUUAAACAAGAGAUGAUCAGAAGUGAGUUUUAAGCAUUUGAUGUGACUGCCAUUACUGCACAUUACGAACCUGAUUUGAGGAUCUUGUGGACUUGCUUAUUGACUUAUUUGAAAUGAUUCUGGAAUUUAGUGUGGCCAUUUUUAUAAAGCUGCAACAGACUGCCUAAAGAUAGUUUCAUGCUUGCAUCUUUUAGUUACUCUCCUGUAAUUUUCAUUUCUUAAUAGCAUUCGGUGAAAUUCCCAGAUUUUCAUGGAGUUGCACAAUGGAAUUUGUUACAAACCAAGCACCCUGCAUGAUCUCCCUAAACUGAUAACUCAACUCUCGCAAUUAAAUGCACUUUAUUUUUACAGUUACCAGCCAAGUUGGUCAACAAAAUAGUACUUUUUUUAAAAAUUACUGGUUAUAAUCCUAUAGCCUUUUUGUACAUUUUUGAUUUGCUCAUUUCACUGUCUCCAUUGAAAUAGAAAUUUGUCACUUAUUUCCUGGUAUCUUAGGAGCAACUUAAAUGGAUGUAUAAAGGAUGCAGUUAACUGCCUCAUGCUUCAAGUGGCUUGUGGGCUCUUGAUUUAUAAGAAAGCUAUAAAUUUAUGUUUUCUAAUUACUGCAUUGUUUAGUAUGUCAAAUAUUUUUUGCCUUAAGUUCUUUAAUAGUGUAACUGACCAAAAGUAAUCAUAAUUGUGUUUUUCUUGUCCUAUUUAUAAAUUGAGAAUUUCCAGAUCAUCCACUACCUUAAAAUGACUUAAUGUUUAUUCUUAAUAACUUGUAUACUUGAACAUCAAUGAAGAUUUCUGAACGGGCUACCUGUAUAACCUGUGUGUGCAGUACAAUUAGUGACUUGAAUAAAGAUCUUUCAUUCAUGGAUUAUUGGGUAUUUUAUAACAGUAAGCUUUUGACCUUAAUGAUUUAAAUGUAUUUAGCCGGCAUUCAGUGGUUGUGGCUGAAGUGUAGAUUUGUCUCCUGUGUAAUUCUGUUUUGGAGCAUUUAACAACCAAACUGAAAUAAGGAAGUGAGAUGUAUUGUCCUUAAAGGA